CCCUUUUUCUCUGCCCCGUCUCGCGCGCGUAAUUGCCCGCCGUCUCAUUGUCCGUCUUCUGUCGCGUAUCGAGAGAUCGCCAGUCGGGAGUGCUUCCUUUUCUCUUCUUCUCUCGCAUCCGUAGUGCGAAGACGGGAGUCUUGAUCGAGAAGGUGGUGAAGAAGGUGGAGAAGUAGUAGGAGAAAGAGGUAAAAGAGAAGGAGAUGGAAGAGGAGAAGAAGGAAGAAACGACACAAGAAGAUUAAGAAAAAGGAGCAUUUUUUUUUGUGCGCGAUAUAUUCCCGUGGAUAUAUACCCGGUGCACGCAUCGAGCUGCCUCUCCCUUUUCUCUCUUUCUUCCUCCUUUAUCUUGUUGCGUUCCUCGCUCUCUUUCGCAUACUCGCCUUGUCUCAUUCCCUCUCUCUCUCUCUCCCCUCUCGCCCUCUCUUUUCGGCGUUUCCACGCGUCCGCCCGAUCUUGCGAGAUAUACGCGCGCGGGAGUGCAAUGAUUAUUUACAAAGCGUAGUUGGCCGCGAUCGUCGCGUUUCAACCGUCCACCGUCUCGACAACGAGACGCGAAGGAGAGAAAGAAUAUCCGAGGGAUAGUCAAGUAACCGAAUGACAUACUAUUGAGACUGACGUUUCGAAACUCACCUGGAAUCUCCGAGAAAAGCAUCAUCGCACAAAACUACAUCUCGUUCACCAUCGACCACGGAUCUUCUCGCGUCUUCUCGGCCGUGCAUCCUCAUCUUCGAAUAAGAAGAACGGAGCGAAACAAAGCGCUUCUCGUGGAAUUCUCCGUCCCCCAGGAUCGCGCGUUCUCUCUUCUCUCGCGCAACCUUUACGUUUCGUGUCUCCACAACGUACAUCGUAACAAGCGCGAAAUACGCUUGAUCUCGCCGACAGUGACAAGACGGCCGCGUUCUAAAAUUCUCCGCGAGAAUCAACGUGACCCUGAUAGCGAUUGUUUGUGAUUCGCGACGCACGUGUCUUCAAUGUACGUAGCCGGUAUUGGUCGCAUAUCGUCGCCUCGCAGUGCAUCGUUCUCCUCCUCGUGGCCGACGUAGCCGUCGAUCAGAUUGCGUGACGCCCUACGUCAUCUCCGAAUCGGCAUCCGCGACGAUGAGAUGAGCGACUCAUCCGUAUUUCGAGCCACGACAGAUCGCAGAGUUGAAGUGGCGAAGGGAGGAUAGAUGAGCGUGUAGUAAAAGAGCGAUAACGCGGUGGAUCUUGUCCGCGUCCAAGUAUCGCGAGGGCAGCGGUUCAAAGUACGCCGAGAGAAACGAAAAGGAGAAAGAGAAGUUGCAGCGAUGAUGAUGCGCCGCUGUGCCUUAGAACGCCGAUGGACAACGAACUUGUCGUCGUGAGGCGAAGACCGAGCUGACGUGUCACGCCGGAGAACGGAACCUGGCCGCGACGUCGACGAGCCGAGGCCGGAACUGGAGGAGGAGGAGGAGGAGGAGGAGGAGGAAGAGCCGCCGGACGUAACCCCCGAGGCACCGGCUCGCACGAAUAUGAGCAUGACUCUCGUCCGAAAUUCGUUUAAGGGCUGCAGCGAGGACGACGCAGGUAUCGUGGAUACAAAGGUGGGCGGAGGUUGCGCGGGUGAAGCGCCAACCGCAGGAGGUGGUGAUGUUGCCGGUGAUGGAGGUGGUGGUGGUAGCGUUGGAACGCGCGGAGAUGGUGGCGGCGACAGCGAGGGCGGAUCAUCCGCGAAGCAGCAGCAGCAGCAGAGUGGCGAAAGGUGCCCUCAGUGCGGCAUCCUAUGUCGGGACGUCCGUGUCCUGCAGCUUCAUCUCGAGGACACGCACAAAACGUCCUAUACCAUCGACAAGCACGAUCUCAACGCCCAGUUCUCCCAAGUGUCCUGCAAAGUGUGUAGCAAAACCUUUGCCAACGUCUACCGGUUACAGAGGCACAUGAUUAGUCAUGACGAAAGUGCCGUUUUACGAAAGUUCAAGUGUCCCCAUUGCGAGAAAGCCUUCAAGUUCAAGCAUCACCUUAAGGAACACCUGCGCAUUCACAGCGGUGAGAAGCCAUUCCAAUGCAACAAUUGCGGCAAACGUUUUUCUCAUUCUGGUUCAUAUUCGAGCCAUAUGACAGCAAAGAAGUGUUUGAUAAUGAAUCUAAAAAAAUCAAGACAAAAUACUAUAAGUAAUGUCGAUCGGGGACCGAAAAAAACGCAUCAGCCAUUAUCGGGACGACGCGAGGUUGAUUUGCUGACAGCUAAUAAUAACACGUUCUUGCCGAUUUUGCCGAAAUUGUCACCUUCGGAUUAUCAAGAAAUACAAAGGGAAGCUGCGGCAGGUAUCUAUGACGUGCCGACUUUGCUGCCUCAAAUGAUGGGAUACGGAAAUUAUAUCUUACAGUCAUCGAUAGGCAAGUUGCUGAACCAAUUGCACUCUAAGCGACUCGAUGAGAUCGCCGAACAGUUUGAGACGCAUCGGGAAGUGAUGAGUCCAUCGACAGCGGAUUCCGAAGGAACCGAGGGCACUGAAGGUAAAGAGUCCCCCGCGCCAGCGGAUCCAAUGCAGAGUCUCGAUGCUGUUCGCCGAAUUCUGGAGACCGUAAAUACUUCUGUGACGAAACAGCUACUUGAAGCGAAUGUGCGCAAGCUCUCUACAUCUCCGGCUACAAUGAAGCGAGAACUAGAGGAAGAUUAUCAAGAUCAAGAUAGCGAAAUGUCCAGUGAAAUGACACAUUGUCCAGAUUGGGCCACAUUGGACCAAUAUGACUCACAAAGCGAGGGUCUGGCUGCGAAAUUAGAAAAUGUCAAUCAUCCGACAUCGAGAUCAGCCAUUAAGAGAAAGAGGGAGGACAGUUCUGAGGUGGAUUCAGAAGACGAGGAUGAGGGCAACCACACUCACAACGACAACGGUAGAAGAGUUAGAGCUAGGUCGCUUAUAGAUGAUGAACAAUUGGCCAUUCUGAAAGGUUACUAUUCCAUCAAUCCGCGACCUAAAAAGGAGGAGAUCAUCAUGAUCGCUAAUUGUAUUAAUUUCCCUACGCGUGUGGUACAGGUUUGGUUUCAAAAUUCUCGGGCCAGAGAUCGAAGAGAAUCAAAAAUGCCACCGGCCUUGGUACCUUUAGCCCUGGGAAAUCAAACUGUUAUCGAGCAGCCUUUGGAUUUGUCUAAAAAAGAAGCACUUGUUGUAUCAACGACCAAAGAAAGCGAUAUAUCGAGCAGAAAUAUAUCGUCUCCUUGCAAACCAAAAGACGAUAAUUCAGUCUCGAACAUGGACAACGACGAUCUCGAGGAUUCGCCUCUUGUCAUAGAUGAAGAAACUGCUAUUGAUCCAAUUGAACCAAAGCGGACACCUACAAAUGGAGAAAUAAUCACAAAGAGUCAAAAUCAAAUAAAUGCGAAAAGUGAAAGUGAAGCUGCACCUCAAUCGGAAACAACCCCUAUAGCAACAGAAACCGAGCAGGGUCUUUAUUCCUGCGAUCGGUGUGACAAAAUAUUCUCCAAACACAGUUCUCUUAUGAGACAUAAAUAUGAACAUUCCGGGCAAAGGCCGUACAAAUGCGUGGAGUGUCCAAGAGCGUUCAAGCACAAGCAUCAUCUGACUGAACACAAGCGGCUGCACAGCGGCGAAAAACCUUUCCAGUGCUCCAAGUGCCUCAAGCGCUUCUCUCACUCCGGCUCCUAUAGCCAGCACAUGAAUCAUCGUUACUCUUAUUGCAAGCCCUACAGAGAAUAGAAAUAUUCCUCCUGCUCAUCCAAAGUUUGCUCGCUUAUCUAGAUAUAAUAUAUGCAGUUUUUUCUCUUUCUUACGUUUAGAACUUCCCUCUUUGGUCUGUGAAUUUUUCCUUCAAGAUUUCCAAGUCUUAUAAGAAAACGCUAGAACGCCUUCAUACUUUCCUCUCGCAUGAACUUUAAGAGAGCCGCGCGAAAUCGCGUUUCACAAAGCUAUAAUAUAUAUAAAAUGCUGCGCGUGACAUCACAUUAUAAAGCUAUGGCAUUUUAUUGAUGAUCGGUUCGUACUUCGAAAAAAAGAGAAACCUGAAAAAUGGUUUAAGCGAUGCGAGAUCGAAAAUGAUCGACAUGUAGUAUGUUAGAAUUUGUGAUUGAGAUAUGAAAGACGUUCGUAACGUCUCUCUUGUGUGUGUGUGUGUGUGUGUGUGUGUGUGCGUUCAUGCGUGCGUGCGUGCGUGUGCGUGUGUGCGUGUGCGUGCGUGCGUGCG